GAAACUACCCACAGAAGCGCCGCCGCCUCCCUAAACCCUUGCCAGUCUCGUCUCCCUCCCCGCCCCCGGCAGCGGCGGCAAGGCCUACCGCCGCAAACCCUCUACCCCAGCCUCAGCGAACAAAAGAAGAAGUUAAGUAGGAGGCCGGAGCCCUAGGUAGCCCCAUGGCUCCGGCGGACGGCGGCGGCGAGCAGGCGCACAAGGCGCACCGCCAACACAAGUCUGGCGCCAAGGCGCGGAAGAAGAAGGGCAAGGGCAAGGGCGACGGCGGCGAUGACGCCGGGGGCCAGCAGAAGAACCCUAAGGUACGAUGCAGAUUCGAGCAAGCUCGUGAUUGGUGUCCGUGGAAUGACCUGCUCGGGCGACAUGGGUCUUGAAGCCUUGUUUUUUCUAAUCAAACUACCUUUCCAUUCUUUCAGGCUUUUGCAUUUCAGUCAGCAGCGAAGGCCAAGCGUCUGCAAGCUCGAUCAGCUGAGAUUGAACAACGGCGUCUCCAUGUCCCAAUUAUGGACCGUUCCAUUGGUGAACCUCCUCCUUUUGUUGUUGUAGUUCAAGGACCUCCACAGGUUGGGAAGUCACUAUUGAUAAAAUGUCUGGUAAAACACUACACCAAACAAAACUUACCAGAAGUUCGUGGUCCCAUCACUGUUGUAUCAGGCAAAAGCAGGAGGGUACAGUUCGUGGAGUGUCCAAAUGAUAUCAAUGGAAUGAUUGAUGCUGCUAAAAUAGCUGAUCUCGCUUUAUUGCUCAUUGAUGGAAGCUAUGGAUUUGAAAUGGAUACAUUUGAGUUUCUUAAUAUCAUGCAAGUCCAUGGAUUCCCCAAGGUGAUGGGAGUGCUCACACAUCUUGAUAAAUUUAAAGAUGUGAAGAAACUCAGGAAAACUAAGCAGCGCCUUAAACAUCGAUUCUGGGCCGAGAUAAAGGAGGGAGCAAAAUUAUUCUACUUGUCUGGUUUGAUUCAUGGAAAAUACACCAAAAGAGAAGUCCAUAAUCUUGCAAGAUUCAUCUCUGUAAUCAAACCUAUCCCAUUGAGUUGGCGUAUGGCUCAUCCUUAUUUGUUAGUUGAUAGAUUUGAGGAUGUCACCCCUACAGAAAGUGUGCGCUUGAACAGAAAGUGUGACAGAACAAUAACAUUGUACGGUUACCUCCGUGGCUGUAAUAUGAAAAGAGGGACCAAGGUGCAUAUCACAGGGGCAGGUGAUUUCAGCUUGUCUGGGGUGACGGGUUUGGCUGAUCCUUGCCCUUUGCCAUCAUCUGCAAAGAAGAGAGGAUUGCGUGACAAGGAAAAACUGUUCUAUGCGCCAAUGUCUGGUCUUGGGGAUUUACUUUAUGACAAGGAUGCAGUUUAUAUUAAUAUCAAUGAUCAUCUUGUUCAGUUUUCAAAGAGUGAUGAAAAUGAUGCACCCGAAAAGCAAGGGAAAGGUAAAGAUGUCGGCGUGGCCCUGGUAAAAACACUUCAAAACACGAGAUACUCCCUUGAUGAAAAGUUGGAACAAAGUUUUAUAAAUUUCUUUGGUGGGCGUCCUGCUGCUCAAUCCAAAGACAGUGAUGCUGAAGGCAAUGUCAUCUCUGCAAGCCAGGAUGAUCAGGGUGACACAAACUUGCAGCAAGUAGAUGACGGUAACAAUAGCAAUGCAGUCACCAUGGAGAGAAAUGAACAUUCUGAAGGCUCUAGUGAUAGCGAAGAGGAUAAUGAUGAUAUUCAGCUGAGGGAUCGUGAUGUUGAAUUGAGGGAAGAAGUAGAAAUUUGCAAUGGAAGAGUGAGGCGAAAAGCUGUGUCUGCUAAUUUUCUAGAUGACGUUGAUGAUGAGGGUACUGAUGAAGAUGGCGAUGAUGAGGAGGAUUCUGGUGAUGACCAGUUGUCUGGGGAUUCUGUAUCAGCAGAUGAUAGUGGAGAAGCUAGUGAUUCAGAGGAUGAAAUUGAGAACACUUCAAAAUGGAAAGAAUCCCUACUUGCAAGAACACAGUCCCGACGGAGUGCUAAUUUGAUGCAACUUGUCUAUGGACUACCUUCAACAAAGCUAGGCGGUGGUGCGCUAGAAGAAAAUGAUGAUGGUGAAGCCAAUAGCUCAGAUGACGAAUUUUUCAUACCAAAAGGACAAAAGCAAGCAAAGAAUGAAUCACCAAGCUUUGAGGAUAUUGAUGCUGAGGAUUGCUCCAAGUUUUUCAAAGCAGAGCUAAGAGAUUGGUCUAAUGAAGAUCUCAUCAAAAGCAUCCGUGAUCGUUUUGUGACUGGAAAUUGGUCAAAAGCUGCUUUAAGAGGACAGGAUGCAGAUGAAAAUGGAGAGGAUGGUGAGGAAAUAUAUGGUGAUUUUGAAGAUCUUGAAACUGGUGAGGUACAUAUGAGCCAGGCAGUUGAAGAUGCAGAAAGGAAAGAUGAUCCAGAAGUUGAAGAAAGAAGACUUAAGAAGCUUGCACUAAGAGCAAAAUUUGAUGCACAAUAUGAUGGUUCUGAGCUAUCCGAUGACGAAGUUGAUGAUGUUAAGAAGAAAUCCAGACAGGAACAGUCUAACGGAGGGGGCUAUUUUGACAAACUAAAGGAGGAAAUGGAACUUCGCAAGCAAAUGAAUAUGUCCGAGCUCAAUGACCUUGACGAAGAGACUCGAGUAGACAUUGAAGGAUUCAGGACUGGUACUUAUGUCAGGUUAGAAGUACAUGGUGUGCCAUUUGAGCUUGUUGAGCAUUUUAAUCCUUGCCACCCCAUUCUUGUUGGGGGUAUUGGCCUUGGUGAGGAGAACACGGGAUUCAUGCAGGCUAGUUUGAAGCGCCAUAGGUGGCACAGGAAAGUUCUGAAGACAAAGGAUCCAAUCAUAGUUUCAAUUGGAUGGAGGCGAUUCCAAACAACCCCUGUGUAUGCAAUAGAGGAUCGGAAUGGUCGACACCGCAUGCUGAAGUAUACGCCUGAGCAUAUGCAUUGCUUUGCUAUGUUUUGGGGACCACUUGCUCCACCAAAGAGUGGUGUAUUAGCAGUCCAGAAUCUUUCUAACAAUCAGGUGCCAUUUAGGAUAACUGCAACAGGAUGGGUUCAAGAAUUCAACAAUACUGCCAGAAUUGUGAAGAAGAUCAAGCUCACAGGCACACCAUGCAAGAUAUUUAAGAAGACUGCACUAAUCAAAGGGAUGUUCACAUCUGAUUUAGAGGUUGCUAGGUUUGAAGGUGCUGCCAUUCGGACUGUAAGUGGAAUCCGAGGACAGGUUAAAAAGGCAGCAAAGAUUGAGCCAGGAGACAUGUUGAAGAGAAAAGGGGAAAAUACAGAAGGAAUCGCAAGAUGCACAUUUGAGGACAGAAUUCUUAUGAGUGACAUUGUUUUCCUGCGUGCCUGGGUUAAUGUUGAAGUUCCCACGUACUGUAACCCUGUGACCACUGCUCUGCAACCUAGAGAGCAGACCUGGCAAGGCAUGAGAACAACUGCUGAGUUGCGGAGGGAACACAAUAUCCCUACCCCACACAACAAGGACUCAGUUUACAAGCCUAUUGAGCGGAAACCACGGAAGUUCAAUCCUGUUGAGAUCCCUGCAAAGCUGCAACAGUUACUUCCUUUUAAAUCUAAGCCUAAGGAUACACCUAAGCAGAAGAAAGUAUCAGUUGAAAACAGGGUGCCAGUAAUCAUGCAACCUAGUGAGAAGAAGACACAUGCAGCUAUACAACAGCUAAGGCUGAUAAAACAAGAGAAGGCAAAGAAGAAGAAAAAUAAGGAACAACAGAAGAAAAAAGCAUAUGAGGCAGAGAAAGCCAAGACCGAGCUACUUACGAAGAAACGACAGAGGGAAGAGAGGCGUGAGAGAUAUCGGGAAGAAGAUAAGCAAAAGAAGCGUGCACGCAGAUGAGUCCUAUGAGGCGAACAAGGGAUUUGUGCACCAGGGCGAAGAAGGGAUUUGUGCACCAGGAACCCUGCAGCAACCAGGGCAUGUUCUCUUCUGCAGAACAUGCGCCACUAUGUUUCUUAGUUGAUAGCUGGUGAGUUCUGAAAGGUGCAAUACCCAUCUGGGCCGGAGUCACAUGGCAAGAUCAUAAUCAGGGCCUGAAUUCAGCUUACCUGCACUACUCUAGGCGGAGAAGGGCAAAGUUAGGUUGGUCAUGAAGUUAUGUAUCGUUCGCCCUAACGUGGAAUAUUGUCUGAAUGUUAGGCAAACACAUGUGGUCUUUAGCUCCCAAAUAAACUGGGAAUCACAAUUUGGAGUGUAUACUACCACAGGAUCCGAAAGUUCUUGUGUAGCUGCGAUACUCUGCUGUCGACGUUUCCUUACUGCUACUAUUUUUUUACAUGUCACAUUAGCUUUGUC